UCCUUCAGAGAAAGCGGAAUCCUUUGCAUCCAUGUUGAGACGCUCUCCUUUAAUUCAGAUGGGACCUGCCAAAGAUAAAAUCGUCAUUGGUCAAAUAUUCCAUACGGUGGAUGAUGACCUCUAUAUAGAUUUUGGUGGCAAGUUUCACUGUGUGUGCAAAAGGCCGGAAUUAGAUGGAAAAAAAUACCGGAAAGGAGCCCGGGUACGUCUGAGACUGCUGGAUCUUGAGCUCACAUCUAGAUUCUUGGGUGCAACAACUGACACAACUCUGCUGGAAGCUGAUGCAGUGCUUUUAGGGCUCGUGGAAAGCAAGCAAACAAAGCAAAAGGAGUAAAUUUCAUAUAAAUAAAACCAGUUUAUAUGCCUUGAACCUGUUAUACAAAUUAAAUGUUCCCUCGGGAAAUGAAUGAAAAGUUACUUUCCUCUUGGCUGUGUAAAUAAUGAGAUCAAUAAAAGACA